AUGAGAUAUGAUAACAAUUAUGCAGGAAGUGCAUUGAAUUUUGAACAUGAGGCUUAUCAACUAUCGGUAGCCCUUGCAUUCCGAAAUACAAUAGGAGAUCAAAGCUCUUGCAGUUUACUGACCUUAGAAAUCGAACAAUUACAUUCCAUUGUUUCUAGCGAGACCAUAUUUAAGAACCGCUUACUUGCCAUUAAUCAACUCAUUGAAAGAAAAGAAGCCUAUGCGUUGUUGUUAGAAGUUGCUUGUGACCACUAUAGAACUAGUGUUUCCAAAUAUCACAAAAAACCAAAUUUUCAUGAGAUUUUAGAGGAAGAUUUCGGUAGUCAAUUAGCAAAGCUUAAUGAGAGCAAAUAUUAUGCAUGCUCUCUGAUCGGGUCGUCUCAUUCCAGUACCUUUUCAUUAAUAUUUAAGCGAAUAUAUUUGGAGACUGUUUUACCAAAUAUCAAAUUUUCAUUAAUUGAAAAACUUCCUUCUAACAUUGUACUUCCUUUCCCUCCGACACACUUUUAUUUAUUUGAACAAAUUAUUGACGAACUACACACAUUUUGUGACACUAACAACCACAGUAUAACCUUUGAAAGCGAACAUGGAUUAUUAUCUUACAUUGCUUAUCAUUAUGAAUCAACAACAAGAUUAACUAGUGCAAUAAUGAACAAGAAAGUUCAAUACAAGAUUCGUCUUCAGGACAUUUUGGACUUUAUAACUUUUCAUUCUGAUAAGUGGAUGGACAUUGUUUCCUUAACCAAGAUAUAUCUAGAACAAAAUCCAUCGAACUUGGAACCUGUUGCAUCUUUACUCAACAGAAUUUUUGUUAAGCGCAUUACAUUUGAAACUCAAUCUCUCUUAAUUGAAAUGAUGAUAGAAAAUUUUGAAGAAAUGGCAGAGCUGUUGCGGGAGCAACCUUUUCAUUUGCUUCAUUCUUUAUGCUGUAAUUAUUAUCAACAUUUGUUUGAUUAUGAAUCAUCCUUGGCUACUUCUGAGGAGCAAUUGGAGCGAAAUCUAAAAGUUCUCUCUGAAAAUUUCAAACAGAUGGUACAAUAUUUAAUGUCGAAAGGAAUUCACAAACCAUGUAAGGACAUGAAAAUUAUUGAAUCUAUUUUAUCUUCCCGAGUGAAAUGGUUUUUCAAAGACAAUCCUUACAACAACAUUCCUUCCACUCUUGUGGGUACCAUGAAUUUCUUGAAUUUUGAUCUAUCAGCAACGGAAAUUGUCGAUAUUGCCUCCCUUAUUGAGAGGAAUCACUUUGAUUGUCCUCAAAUGAUGUUUUAUAGCUCGAUGAAAAUCGAUUCUGCAUUUGCGAAUCAACAGUGGGUAGAAUGUUUUUCCUAUUUGUGUGAACUAUUUGACAAGAGUCAUGUUUCAACGUCCUCAAAACUAUUCGACUUUAAUAUUUCUCCCUUAGAAGAAUAUUCCUUGACCAAUUUUAAGAAUGAAUUUUAUUCAAGCCUUGUCGUUUGUUUUUUUGAAAGGAUGAAACUUCUUCCAUGA